AUGGACAGGAACAUCAUCGACGCUGCAAGUGGUGGAGCUCUAGUAAAUAAGACGCCGGCACAAGCUUGGGAUCUUAUUGCGAGGAUGGCUGAAAACACGCAGCAAUUUGGUUCAAGGGAUGUUGGACAGAUGAGCGGAAACAACAGUGACCAUGCUAUCCAAUCGAUGCAAAAACAACUUUCUGAGUUGACGAGCUUUGUUCGCAAGAUGGUCGUGGAAAAAUCCAACCCGAGUGUCCAGGUCAAGGCGUGUGGAAUAUGCACGAGUGCAGGACACCCUACAGAUGCAUGUCCGACCCUCCAAGAAGAAUGUGCAGUGGAUGUGAACGCUGCAAACUACGAUGCAAUAGCCUCGCUCUUACGAGAAACAGCUCCCCCAAGCACCCACAAGCAACUCCUGUCCGUCCUUGGAAGACUUGGUGAAGUCUAUGGCUACCAGUACCCUGCAAUUCCAGCAAAAGAUAAGUCAAGUGUCGAAAAGCUACAAAGUCAGAUUAGCCAAGUUUCAGAAGAGGUAAAACAGCUACGAGAAAGAGGAAAGUGGCCUGCGCAAGCAGAGCAAAACCCGAAGAACAUCAGUGCUAUAACUCUUCGCAGCGGAAAAGAAUUGGAAGGUCCAUCUCCUAUCUCGAAGGGACAGAAUGAAGAUCAGAUUGAGAUGGAGAUUGAAAAAGAGGCCGAACUUCACGAAAAGGUACCUUCUAACUCUGUUCCUCCUACUGAAGCUAAACCAGCUCCUUUUCCUGAUAGGUUGAAAAGACCACAAAAGGCGAACAAACGAAAAGCGAUGAUGGAAAUCUUCAAGAAGGUGGAACUUAAUAUCCCGCUCCUGGAGGCUAUCAACCAAAUUCCCAAGUACGCGAAGUUUUUGAAAGAACUGUGCACUAACAAAAGGAAAUUGCGAGGGAACGAGUACAUUAUAGCGGGUGAGAACGAGGAUUCAAAACCAGUGAGACAAGCUCAAAGGAAGUUGAACCCGAUUAUGACUGAGGUAGUCAAGAAAGAAGUGUUAAAGCUUCUCGAAGCUGGUAUCAUCUACCCUAUCUCCGAUAGUAGGUGGGUGAGUCUAGUUCAAGUGGUUCGCAAGAAAGCUGGAGUAACGGUGGAAGAGACUCGAGAAGGAGAAAAGCUCCCAGUUCGAAAACAAACUGGAUGGCGUCAAUGCAUAGAUUACCGUAAGCUGAAUGCGGUAACAAAAAAGGAUCAUUUUCAUCUCCCUUAUAUUGAUCAAAUGAUUGAACGACUCGCUGGUCACGCAUAUUACUUCUUUUUAGAUGGAUUUUCAGGUUAUUUUCAGAUAGCGAUAGCACCCGAGGAUCAGGAGAAAACAUCAUUUACUUGUCCGUUUGGAGUUUUCGCCUACAGAAGGAUGCCUUUUGGUUUGUGUAACGCUCCUGCAACAUUCCAAAGAUGUAUGGUAAGUAUUUUCUCUGAGUAUGUUGAGCGAAUCAUUGAAGUUUUUAUGGAUGACUUUAGUGUAUAUGGCUCUAGUUUUGAUGAUUGUCUAAGUAAUUUGACUUUAAUCUUGAAACGAUGCAUCGAAACUAACCUUGUGCUCAAUUGGGAGAAAUGUCAACUGAUGGUUCAGCAAGGAAUUGUUUUAAGCCAUAAGGUGUCACAUGAGGAUAUAGAAGUAGAUAAAUCUAAAGUUGAGCUAAUCACUGCUUUACCUUACCCUGCUUCUGUGCGAGAGCUGUGUGGUUUUUUAGGACAUGCAGGUUUCUACCGACGCUUCAUCAAGGACUUCUCCAAGAUCGGAGCACCAUUGUUUCACCUCCUGCAGAAAGAUGUAGCAUAUGAGUUCAAUGACGAUUGCAAGAAGGCAUUUGGAGCACUGAAGGAGCGCCUCACAACACCACCGAUUAUUCAACCUCCGAAUUGGGACUUGCCAUUCGAGUUGAUGUGUGAUGCAAACGAUACUGCAUUGGGAGCCGUUCUAGGGCAACGAGUUGGGAGAGCUUCUCAUGUCAUCUACUAUGCUUCGCGAGCACUGAAUGGCGCUCAAUUAAAUUACUCCACCACGGAGAAAGAGAUGCUUGCUAUUGUUUUUGCUCUUGAUAAAUUUAGAUCUUAUCUUUUAGGCACUAAAGUGUUUGUGUACUCUGACCAUGCAGCUAUGCGUUACUUGAUGGCAAAGAAGGAAGCCAAACCUCGAUUAAUUCGAUGGGUGCUCCUUCUACAAGAGUUCGACAUAGAGAUUCGCGACAAGAAAGGAACUAAAAAUUUGGUAGCUGACCACUUGAGUCGUAUACCCGUGGAGUCAGAAGCAGUUCCUGUUCGAGAGUCGUUUCCUGACGAACAGCUUCUCUCUAUUACGACUACACACCCUUGGUAUGCUGAUAUUGUUAAUUACUUAGUCACUAACGAGUUUCCUGCAGGUUGGGCAAAGGCGAAAAGGGAUAAGCUCCGCAGCGAUGCAAAAUACUACAUUUGGGAUGACUCCUACCUUUGGAAGCGAUGCUCUGAUCAAAUCAUUCGAAUGUGCGUGUCAACCUCAUAUCAUCCUCAAACGAAUGGACAAGCUGAAAUCUCCAACCGCGAAGUCAAGUCUAUCUUGGAGAAAACAGUUCAACCGAACAGAAAAGAUUGGAGCUCGAGACUCGAUGAUGCUCUGUGGGCAUAUCGAACAACAUACAAGACACCAAUAGGGAUGUCACCAUUUCGAUUGGUGUAUGGAAAACCUUGCCAUUUACCUGUGGAAAUUCAACACAAAGCAUUUUGGGCAGUGAAAAAGUGCAAUAUGAAUCUUCAAGAAGCCGGAGUCCAUCGAAAAAUGCAAAUUCAAGAGCUGGAGGAGAUUCGACAAGAGGCAUACGAGAAUGCAAUACUCUACAAGGAAAAGACAAAAGCCUUUCAUGAUCAUCACAUCUCCAGAAAAAUUUUUGAGAUCGGACAGAAAGUCUUAUUAUAUCACUCUCGUCUUAAGCUUUUCCCUGGAAAGCUGCGCUCUAGGUGGAUAGGGCCCUUUAUCGUUACUAAACUUUUUCUUUAUGGUGCAGUGGAGAUUCAGAGCUUAAGGACGGAGAAAAAGUUUGUGGUCAAUGGACAUCGUCUUAAGUCAUAUUACGAGGGAUUCCCACUUGAAUCUGUAGAGCUGGUGUCUCUCGCCGAUGUCGAAGUUGAGGACUGA